UUCAGUUAUUUUCAGAAGCUUUUUACUAAACAAUGUCAGCCAAAAUUGUCAUUUGUUUAACUGCGAUUUUAGUUGCAUUUACACAUGCCGAUUCGCAUGGUAGCAGACUUUGUACUAAAGGAUGUUUUGAUAAUGGAAAUUAUUAUGCAAUUGGUGACAGUGUUCCACAUCCAGAUCCUUGUCACUUCUGUACAUGUUUUGAAAGUGGAGUCGAAUGUGCUGUAGCAGAUUGCGCACGACCUCCCGAUGGCUGCACUCCUAUCUUCAUUCCUGGACAGUGUUGCCCAGACUAUGAUUGCAAUUCACUGCAUGCAUCAGAUGUAAAUUGUCAUGAUACUUGCACAAAAGAUGGACAAUUCUACUCAAUAGGAUCUGAGAUUCCAUCUGAUGAUGAUCCAUGCUCUGUUUGCAUUUGUUCAGAGUGCGGCAAUAUCAAAUGUUCGACUCUAGAAUGCGAUUCAAUACGAUUUGGAUGCAAAGCAAUUUAUGUUGAAGGUCAAUGUUGUCCAUCAUUUCAAUGUGAUGGAAAUUUUCCUUCAUUUUCCAUACCUUAGUAUUGAACAACUUAAUCAUUAUUUAAAUCAUAAAUUGAAUUAAAAUUCUUCAUAAGUUAUGAAUGUAAAUUUAAACUUUUACAAAUAACACAAAUAAAUCAAGAAUUUUUGACACGAAACC